AUGUCUGCUCAACUCCAGGACACGGCUGCCUGGGAAGCGAGUUGGCCGGGCAUCUUAACCAAACAAAUCCUCCACCGCGUCCCCCGUAUCCCAUCGCGUACUACCCUCCAAGGCAAGACAGCCCUUGUCACGGGUGGCAGCUCUGGCCUCGGCUUCGAGUGCGGCCGCCAGCUCCUCCAAUGCAGGCUGAGCCACCUCGUCAUCACGACCCGAUCGCAGACGCGAGGCGAUGCCGCAGCGGCCAAACUGCGCAGCGAGUUUCCCGGUGCCAAGGUCGAUGUCUGGCUACUGGACAUGGCGUCCGAGUCGUAUAACUCGGUGCUGGAAUUCGUUUCGCGCUGUCGCAGUGAGCUGGACCUCCCCAACUUUCAUAUUGCUAUCCUCAAUGCCGGGCUAGGCAAACAGGCCUUUGAGCGAUGCGAUGGUGAGGGUGGCCGCGAGGUCACUCUACAGGUCAACUACCUCGCAACCGUUCUCCUCGCCAUCCACCUCAUCCCUUUGCUCAAGGUCCCGCCCCAAUCUCCAGCCUCUGCAGCCUCUCCUACCACAGACCCGGCCCGACUGACUAUGGUCACCUCUGGGACCAUUUUCUGGGCCAAUACGGAUGAGAGACUCGACGAGGGCAUCUUCGACGCUAUGGAUUCUGCCCAAGACUUCGAUGGAAUGGAACAAUACAAGAAGACGAAGUUGAUGCUCACCAUGUUCGUCUCCAAACUGGCCGAGAUUGUCAGCGAGGAGGACGUCAUUGUCAACGUUGUCAACCCCAGCGCCGUUCGAGGAACGGCCCUCAUGCGGGAGGCCAGCGCCUUCAAGCGCAUGGCCAUCUACCUUUACUGCAUGGCCGUGGGGCGCAACGUCGUCGACGGGGCAAGACAGUAUCUCCACGCGUCGCUCGUCUUCGGACCGGAGAGUCAUGGCUCCUUUGGAGAUUGGCAGAUCAGACCAUACCCCCCUUACAUGUACACAGAAGCCGGAAAGAAGUUUACCAACAGGUUGUGGAACGAAACACGACGGGAGCUUCGAGACAAGGGUGUUGAGGCAAUCUUGAUGUCGAUCGAUCAGACGUCUUGAGGAAUGAUUCAUCAGGUUAUCGCUUCAUGGAUCGGCCGAGGAGUGUGCCGAGAGGAAUUGGGCUUGCUCGUUCA